AUGGCUUUGAAGGGGCAUGAUCUGAUAGGAAUCGCAGAAACAGGAUCAGGGAAGACACUUGCGUACCUGUUGCCUUCCAUAGUGCAUGUAAAUGCUCAGCCAAUUCUAGAUCCUGGAGAUGGACCAAUUGUGUUAGUUUUGGCUCCAACUCGGGAACUUGCUGUCCUCAUACAACAAGAGGCUACUAAAUUUGGUUCAUCGUCAAAGAUUAAGAGUACCUGCAUCUGUGGUGGGGUUCCAAAGGGACCUCAGGUGCAUGAUCUCCAGAAAGGUGUUGAAAUUGUAAUUGCCACUCUGGGAAGGUUAAUUGAUAUGCUCGAGUCAAAUCAUACUAAUUUGCAGAGGGUCACAUACCUUGUAUUGGAUGAAGCUGAUAGGAUGUUGGACAUGGGGUUUGAUCCUCAGAUACGGAAGAUUUUGUCUCUCAGGAAAUGGUAUGUGAAGGAUGCGAAAUAUGUGAUAAAUUAUGACUUCCCGGGAUCAGAGGACUAUGUUCAUUGCAUUGGGAGGACUAGAAGUGCUGGUGCAAAAGGAAUUGCGUACACAUUCUUCACAGCUGCUAAUGCCAGAUUUGCAAUGGGAUGCGGUGCACAACGUCCGCCUUCAGGUCACCGAGGUUUCCAAGACCGUGGGAGGGGUUAUAUGGCAGUGCUCGUCCAUGGAGCUGAUUGA